AGAGAGUGAAAAAACUGUAAAAGGUGAAAGAAGCAGAACGGGGAGCCACAACGACCUGCAACUGUGUGAAGAAGCAUGGGGUGCAAUCAAAACUGUGGCUUGCUGACAGCUGCAAUCAUCGGGGCAGUGCUGGCCAUCCUUGGAGGCAUUCUGAUUCCAGUUGGAAAUGAUCUCAUUGAGAAGACAAUAACAAAGGAAGCAGUCAUUGAAAAUGGUACAGCUGCCUAUGAGAACUGGGUUGUUCCUGGGACUCCAGUCUACAUACAAUAUUGGUUCUUUGAUGUACAAAACCCAGAGGAGGUGAUGGAGAAUGGUUCUAAUCCAAUACUUCAGCAGAAAGGCCCUUACACUUACAAGACGCGAUAUAGACCCAAAGAAAACAUCACUGAAGACAAAGAUGACACUCUGUCUUACUUCCAGCCAAAUAUUGCCCUUUUUGAACGUGAGAUGUCAGUUGGGCCAGAAAAUGACACAGUCACCAUUGUCAACCUUGCUGUAGUGGUUGCACCUGUUGUCUUUCCAAAUGAACAUUUUCAAGCAAUGAUGGAUAUCUUGAUAACUUCAUCAAAAUCAAAAUUCCUCCAAACUAGAACUGUGAAAGAAAUACUUUGGGGCUAUGAAGAUCCUUUCCUGAAAAUAGUUCCAAUAUCAAGCAUUGAUAAAGUUGUUGGAGUAUUCUAUCCUUACAAUGAAACACUUGAUGGCCCUUACAGAAUUUACAGUGGGAAAGAUGAUAUACGCAAGAAAGGAAUUAUCCACAGUUAUAAAAACAACAGCACUGUUGAAUACUGGCCAAGUUAUUGUGGUAUGGUGAAUGGCACUGACGGGUCAUCGUUCGCCCCUUUUGUCAGCAAGAGUGAUGUGCUGUAUUUCUUUUCCUCAGAUAUUUGCAGGUCAAUCCAUGCAACAUAUGAUAGUGAGCAGACAGUGAAAGACAUCCUACUUUAUCGCUUCAUGAUCCCGCCAUCGGCUUUUGCUUCACCUCUUUCUAAUCCUGAUAGUACCUGCUUCUGCUUGGAUAAGAAGACAACUCAGAACUGUACAUUAAAUGGAGCUUUGGAUAUCAGCUCCUGCAAAGAAGAAAAACCAGUCAUCAUCUCCUUGCCCCAUUUCCUGCAUGGGAGUAAGACCCUUUUUCAAUUUGUUGAAGGAAUGAAGCCAAAUGUGGAAGAGCAUACAACCUUUCUGGAUGUGGAACCUAACACAGGAUUUGUCCUGCACUUUGCCAAAAAAUUACAGAUGAGUCUAUUAGUGAAACCGAAUGCAAAAAUCACACCACUAAAAAAGAUUAAGGAUGAAUUUGUCUUUCCUAUUCUGUGGCUGAAUGAGACAGCUAUUAUCAGUGAUGAAAAAGCAGGAGUUUUCCGAUCAGAAGUGAUUGGCAAGAUUGAGUUGCUGCACCUCAUCCAAACAUUGCUAAUUGCCAUUGGUUCUGUAAUGUUCCUGGGAUUCCUGAUUGCUUUUUUCAUAUGCAGAAGAAAGAGUCCCAAAUAAACAAGUGGGGUUUGGAAUUUAGAUCAGUAAUUAAUUAAUUAAUUCAGAAGUCCACCCAACUCCACCAGAUUCUGGGUGGCAUACAAGAUGAAAAAUAGUGAGAAGCAAGAACAA